CGCCUCUACACAGAACCUAGCCGUGUAUUUCGUCCCCCUUUCCCAAUUCCGAUAUAUAUUUUUUUUCACCAUUACUGCAGUUUAUCGACAAAUAGAUUGUUUUCUGAUAGUUUUAUCGAAGAAAAAGAAUAUUUAUUUCGGUAAAAUUGAGGGGAAAAUGCCGUUUUGCGAAGUUGGCAAAUCGAGAGGAGAAGGGAAUGCGAUGAGGAUUUUUUAUAGGAGACACGGCCAUGGGAGUAACAAAGUUCUCCUCAUUAUCGGAUUGGCGGCGACGCAUGAUUCAUGGGAGCCGCAGAUAAAGGGGUUGACGGGGACGGUGAAGCCCAACGACGAGGAGGAGGAGGAGGCGCCGGCGGCCGGCGGUGGGGGAACGGACAGCCCGGAUGAGGAGGACGAGGGGAUCGAGGUGUGCUGCUUUGAUAAUCGUGGGAUGGGGCGGAGCUCUGUGCCCACGAAGAAAUCCGAAUGCACCAUUUGAUUUAUGGGAAGACACUGAUGUGCUGCGUUUGAUGGGGUCCAGAACAACUAUCAUGGCCAAAGAUGCCUUGGCUCUAUUGGAUCAUUUAGGCUGGAAAAAAGCUCAUGUCUUUGGUCAUUCAAUGGCAGGAGCUAUGAUAGCUUGCAAGUUGGCAGCAAUAGCACCAGAGAGGUUAUGCUCCUUGGCUUUGCUCAAUGCUACUGGUGGUGGAUUUGAGUGUUUUCCAAAGAUUGAUCGCCAAAUGAUAUCCCUUACAUUUCGUUUCUUAAGAGCAAAGACUCCAGAGCAAAGAGCUCUGGUUGACUUAGAAGCACAUUACACUAAGGAAUAUCUAGAUGAAUAUGUUGGAUCAUGCACACGAAGGAAAAUUCUUUAUCAGGAAUAUGUGAAGGCCAUAUCAUCAACAGGUAUGCAAUCAAACUCCGGUUUUGAAGGCCAAAUUAAUGCAUGCUGGACACACAAGAUGACACCAAAGGAACUUGACACAAUUCGUUCAUCUGGGUUUCUGGUCUCAGUGAUUCAUGGAAGGGAUGAUAUCAUUGCUCAAUUAAAUCAUGCAAGGAGACUUGCAGAGAAGCUGCACCCAGCUGCAAGAAUGGUAGAACUUCAUGGCGGACAUUUAGUGAGCCAUGAAAGACCAGAAGAGGUUAAUCAAGCUCUUAAGGAACUGAUAAAGGCUUCAAAAUCUAAGCUCAGACCAGAGGAUUGGUCAUACUUGCCAGAGGAAGCAUCCGGGUGGCUCGUGUUGGGGAUGCCAAUGUCACCAAGUGUAAAGAGCAAUGAAGGAGCAAGUGGACUGGUAGCUGUGUACCACUUAUUAGGGAAGGUACAACUUAGCUUCCUUUACUUCAUUGGGGUAUUUUUGAUGGGAUUUCAGCACAUGAGAAAUGUUCUCAGAAUUAUGAAGCCUGUCAGAGUUGCAGCCUCCGAUUCGUAAGGUACAAGAAGAUUCUGUUCUUAAUCUACUUCCUUACCUUCACAAGGGUGUUGUCCUUCGGAAUAGCAGUUUUUUUUGCAUCUGCUAUGUAUUCUUUCAAUCAAAAAAGAGCUAUUGUAUGUAUUCUGGAAUAAAUUCCAACAGGUGUCUAUUGCUGUACCAUUUUUAUUCUCUGUAUGUAUACUUUUUCGUUCAUGGAAUGCAAAAUUACAUGCUAUUUGAUGCACUAA